AAUGUACUCCUUCAGUUUUCCCACAUUAGCACCCUCCUGCAGAUGUCCGUCGGUUGACAAGGUGGAAAAACUUAGACAGUUGUUUGACUGCUUCAGUUUCGGUGACCAUUUGGUGAUGAUGCCUUCAGUUUUAGAGCAUGUAUCUGAUGCCCUUGUAGUACAAAUCAACUGAAAUGAAUAAGGACAAUCCAAGGAUAGAAAUGGACCUGGCGUUUGGAUCAGACAAGCCCUAUGGUUCCUCCAGAAGUAUUGUGAGGAGAAUAGCUUCUAGUCUUCCUUUUAAACCCUGCCCCAGGGUUCAUUUUCAGCUUUACCCGUACAAUGAGGACGCCGGUAUCCUGAUUGGCGGCAGGAGGCCGACUGGGUUGGCCUCUCUGGCUGAUGUCGGCUGGCUUGACAGGGACGAUGAUGAAGAUGAAGAAUCCAUCGGCAGACCCAGGUCAGCGGUCCCAGCAGGACUCGUGUUUCGAGCCCGCGAAUCUCAUCCUCAGAGGACAUUAUCCCGCCAGAGGUCACUACCCAGCCUGCAUCAGGGGGCACCGGACCCCCAGGGGUCGGCAACCGCCAACGAUGAGGCCAUUCAGAAGAUCGGCGCUCUGGAGACAGAACUCGCCAAACUCCGAGCUCAGAUAGCACAAAUCGUGUUAUUCCAGGAGAAGAACACACAGCCAGCUGCUACCACAGGGAUACCUCCACCUCCCCCUCCACCCUGUGGCACCCUGCCUCCCCCUCCUCCACCGCCCCCUCCCCCACCACCACCACCACUGCCGCCCCCACCUUCAAGCCUCCAGCGGACAUUUUCUGCCAUUGACUUGAUAAAGCAGCGCAGGGGGAAGAAGACGGAGGGUCACACAGAUUUGGAAUCGAGGCCAGCAGAAGUCCCCAGCAUGCUCGACGUCCUGAAAGAUAUUGGCAAAGUCAAGUUAAGAUCGGUCAAAAGUCGUCCAGGGGAAGGCGAUGCCAAAGUGAAGUCCAGUGAGCCUUUAGAUGCCGCUUCUCUCAUCGCCGAGGCCCUGAAACGCAAGUUUGCUCACCGGUAUCGACACAACAGUGAAUCAGGAGACAAGGAGGAUUUCAAGCUUCCCAUUCCAGAUGUGAAACCUCGAACAGAAACUCCUCUGUUUGGACAGCACAUGUUGAAAUCGACUGGCAAAAAAAAGUUGAUCUGAGAUGGAGCUCCAGAUGUGCUGCGGACACUUUAAAGUGCCUUAUCAACCGUUUGAAUACGGGCAGUUUCUGUGGAAGAACAAGGGAUUCUGGGUACCAGUCAUCUCACAGCGUUGUACCCGUCACCUUGACCAUCUGUUUUUGCACUUUUUAUAACUUAUAAUAUUAGCUUUUUGUUUUAAGAACAUGAUUGUCUUAUUGUUUCUGUGUUAAAUACGUUAUACCAGCAGCAACACUACAGAAUAAUAUUAAGAACGCUCCUAGUUUUAUUGCUCGAUUUGUUUUGGUGCAGUUGGUCAUGUUUGCAUUCCUGUUUUCACUAAUGGUUUGUGAAGCCGAGUUCUUCCUCCACAGGAGAAAUUGAGCACUUUCUUACUCGUUGCAUAUUGUGCUGUGUAACUGUAUAAUAGACUAAUUUAUGAUUGGGAUCUUUCUAUUUAUGUUGUAGUUCAUCACAAGUAAUUAUGAUGCAGAUUUUCCCCGGUAUUAAUUCCAGGUUGCUUUUAAAAAGAUUUGUACUUUAUCUGUGUGUUUUUGGCUUGGUGGAAUAUAUGCAACCCAGCCUCUGUUGACAUUAUCUCUGUAGUACGAUCUGUGAUAAAGAACCAAAGACAUUCCAGUGAUCUCAGACAUUCUGCCUUUCUCUGCCAAAUAUGUCCUCUUCACAAUGCUCAGUGAGGGAAAACCGAAACUGUGAAACGUCUAGGUCAGUAACGCGUGCAGUAAGAGGUGCCUUUUAGCACAGAGCAUGCUCCGGUUCAGUAAGUAAAAUCUAUAUUGUCAUUGUGUUUUAGUCGUGGGUCCUAAGGGACCCUCUGUCCUCAGUUUUCCGAUGGUGCCAGUGAUCACAUCUCAUGCCUGUUCAGAUGCACAGAUUCUUCAGGAUCCUGUGAGGUUUUUAGUAUUCUCAAAGUGACUGACUUCUUUCUUUCCGUUCUGUCGAUCAUGUAAGAGUAGUUGCUGCUUUAAGUCGACUCUACUAGUAUUAGCUUUUUGAUAAGGGGAGGUGGACUUGGUGUCAGUAUGUCUUCCAUAAAAAUCGUUUAAUUGUCAAAUCUCUAAAUAAAAGUUUAUUUUCUGUCCUAA